CAGGGACAGAACGGGGAGACAGACAGAGACAGGCUUAGCUACAGAGAUAAACAUCUACAAAAAGAAAACUGCUUGGCCAAGGGACAUCUAAGGAAAAAAAAACAAGAGAGAGAGAGAUACCAAGACCAGCAGAUACUUAAAUAUAUCAAGACAUGGCCAGGUUGGAUGUCACAGAGAAGUUUCAGGGUAUUUCAUUUCCCGGACACCUGCACACAAAGGAUUCACUGGAGUUUGCUGUCAGCUUUCUGUUCAAGGACACAGAUGUCCUCAUUGUGUCUUAUCCAAAAUCGGGCACCACAUGGAUGCAGGAAAUUGUGACUCUCGUAUCCAGCAGAGGAGACCCACAGUUUUCCAGGACUGUCCCAAACUGGGCCCGAGCUCCCUGGUUGGAGCAUUACUACUGUGCUGCUGUGCUGGAGGCCUCAUCACCUGAACGUCGAAUCAUAACCACACACCUGCCUUAUCACCUGCUGGGCCCUGCCCUCCAGGGCUCCAAAGCCAAGGUCAUCUACGUGAGCAGGAACCCUAAAGAUGUUGCUGUGUCCUUUUACCACUUCCACAAAAUAGCCAACUUUCUCCCUGAACCUGGUUCAUUUCAUGAGUUUUUAGAUCACUUCCUGGAAGGCACACUGUACUAUGGCUCCUGGUUUGACCAUAUUAAAGGCUGGACCAGUCAUACAGAAGCUAUCAACAAUCUGCUUCACAUCACCUAUGAACAGAUGUCACUGGACCUACAUGGCACCAUUAAGAAGGUGAGCUCUUUCCUGCAGUGCCCCCUGGUGGAGGAUGAGGUGAACAACUGUGUGAAACACAGCAGUUUCAGCAGCAUGAGAGACAACAACAUGAUCAACUACACCCUCGUCCCUAAAGACAUUAUGGAUCAUAGCAAGGGCUCCUUCAUGAGAAAAGGUGAGAUUGGAGACUGGAAAAACAUGUUCACUGAGGAGCAGAAUCAAUAUUUCGAGAGUGUCUUCACCUCGAAGAUGCAGGGCUGCACUUUGGAGUUUGUGUGGGAGAAGCAUGACAAAGAGGAGACAAACACUGAAGAACAAACCUAACAGAGAAACACAGGACUGUAAAAAAUCUAAUUAGAAAUCAUGUUGGAUCCCUUGAGAUGUGAAUUGUUGCAUUUUAAACAGUGUUAGCUUUAAGAAUCCUACUAAUAUGCAGUGAAUUCAAGUUUAAAUCAAAGAUUGGGGUAACCUUUAGUUGCUUCAAUGCCCACCACUGUAU